AUGGCCCAGUUCAGUGAACCACAAAUCACUCGUUAUCUUUCGCCAAACCUCAUCGCAGACUACUUCCAGUUGGCGCCUGCUGCCCUCUUGAUCUAUGACUGUUUAUUGACCAUUGGGAGUGAGGUGCGCUUCAUAUGGGGCUCGAAGACGCGGGCGGCGCCGGUGUUCUUUCUGAAUCGAGUGACUAUGGUGGGGCUGGCCGUUACGGGAAUACUCGGCAUGCUAUCCUGGCCUUCAACAGAGAUGUCUACCCACAGCUGCGAGGGCAUCCUCAUCACGAAUGAGAUCUUCAUAACCGCCUCCUACAUAAUAUGGUCCUGGGUCUCGGCAAUCCGUGUCAAAGCGCUCAGCCAGAGCCGUGCGCUGGCCUGCGUAACACUGUUGCUCGGCCUCAUGCCGAUCGUUUCAAAUAUGGUCCUAUACGCCAAGACGAAGUUCCUCACUGUCUCCCUCACACCGAGUUUUACCACUUGCGCGACCGAUGCCAGCAUCUCACCGAGUUUGGAUACACGAUGUGCGUCGUUCAUGGACAGCGACAUAUUGGCGACUUCACCUUUUGAUGCAACUUUGUUGCUUGAUGCAGUGCUAUAUGCCUCCCGCGCAUGCGCGAUUGCGGGCGAUCUCAUAGUCAUCGUGGUGACAUGGUACAAGACCUCCGGCGACGGGAACAAGCUCCGGGUAUUCUGCCUCAGGGAAAUGCUGCGCGGCCGAAGAGAUGCGCCUACACUCGCGGAUCUGCUCAUACGAGAUGGAAUGCUUUGCUUCCUCGUUCUGCUCAUCCUCAACGUCGCGCAGAUGGUAACGAGCUUCCAGACGGCGUACGGUGUUCUCAACGUUUUCAUCACCUCCAUGGCGAGCGUCCUCGUCUCGCGGUUGCUCAUCAACCUUAAUGAGGCCGUGGACCAGGACGUCGCCCUCGAGCCGCAUACGCAACUCGGGAGCUACUGGCUAGGUAGCAUCGCACAGACGCAGACAGAGGUUCCGACAAUCAUAUUCGCCCGCGUCCUACCAGGUCCAGGUGCGGGCCACAUCCUGUUCGCGGAACCGCAGUAUUUCUGAUUCUUUGUGACAGAUCAUUUCGAGGGCGAUGUAGAGAGUACUCGGAUCCAUAUAGACAGUCGAUACUAGAGCUGGUGUAGAAUCAACUGUUGUAUUUAUAUGUAAAACUCAUAUAUCCUUGCAGGCAGGCACCUCGAAAGUCUUAUAAGACCAUAAAACUGGUCCACGACGCCAUUUCUGCUGUAUACGGGCUGGCCCCCCAUUGGCAUUUGCGCAACGCGUAUCUGUAGAACGCGCGACGUCACGUUCACGUGCCCGUGACAAGGAGGCGGCACCGCGUCCGAUCCGGAGGCGUUACAGUAAACAACGCGCAAUGCGCGCGUACUCAGCAUGCCUCA